AUGGAACUACCGCUUAACAAUCAUGAGCAGAAAAAUCGAUCAUCUAGCUUUUCGUUCGCAGACGUAAACGACUGCAGUAAGUUAUGGAAUGAAGAUGAAGAUGUCAAAAUGGACCUUUACACAGCCUGUGCUAUUGGCCAAUAUAGUUGCGUUCAGCAGCAUCUAGCGGAUGGAGUGGAGAUCGCUGAUCUCGAUAAACACAAUUUUAGUGGCUGGACUCCUCUUAUGUACGCUGCUUAUGUUGGACAUGUUAAUAUAGUAAAUCUCUUGCUCGAUAACUCUGUUAACGUCAAUUCGCGCACAAAGAAAAAUGGUGCGACCCCUUUGAUGUUGGCAUCGAGCUGCGGCAAUGAACCUGUUGUGUAUUUUUUGCUACAAAAUGGCGCCAAGAUCGAUGCUCAGGACAACAGAGGUUGGACGAGUCUUCUUUACGCCACGUUUCAUGGGCAUUUGGAAGUCGUGAAGACGUUGCUAGAUGCUGGUGCUAAUACAGAGUUGAGGUACAACUUAAGGCUGCUUUUCACCAGCGACGGAGUGGGAGUCGUAAUCAGAAGCGUAGAACUUUACGAUCUAGUAAAAACAGCGCUCUGAUUCUUCUGAUUCCGCCUACGACUCCGUUGUUUACGAUCAAGUGAGAACUGGGUCGUCGGAUUCGCAAGCAGAAGCAGAAGAGCUAAACCAGUCACAAAACGUGGGAACAUGCAUUAUGCUUUUUUUAUCCUUCUGCUUCUAUUUCCGACUCCGACGAUGGUUUUCAUUCGUCAUUUUGCUCGUGCAUUCAGUUUUUUCCUUUAUAAAGCGAUGGCCCCUAAAAGUAAUGAAAGCCAUUACUGUUUUGUAUACUUUAAUAUCCAGUUACAAAAUUAAUUUCAACUACCCCAACAAAGUGUAAAUUAUCAAAGGCUAUAUACUUCCUAGUAAUUGGCUAAUGGAGAUGUGCAUUUUUGGAAUUAACAUCUUCUCAUUGGGUAUAAUAACCCUAGUUUUUAUUUGUUGGCAAAUCGAAGAUGGAUUAAAAUAUUGUCACCAUUUCCUUUCCAUCCUAGAUUUUGCCAACUAAUGAAAACUAAAAAUUCAUAGACAGUCCAGAUUGUCAGGAUACUGUACAUCAGAAAACCUGGCCCUGGUUGUUCAAACACUGGAUAGCGCUAUCCACCGGAUAAAUCACUAUCCAAUGGAUAAGUAUUAGGGAAACCAAUUGUGCUAUCCAUUGGAUAGAUUUUUAUCCUGUGGAAAGCACUAUCCAAUGUUUGAACAACCGCGGCCAGGAGUAUUUCUAGUCACCACACAUGUUAAGAUUUCCGCAAUUGUUGGGGAUAAUUUCCAACUUAUGAAAACUCAAAUUUUUACCACUGCCAACACAAUUUUCAAUCUGUAGUUCAAAACAAAUGCCCAAACAUUCACAAUUUUUUAUUGGCUUUGAGGCAAGCAUUAUGAAUCAUCUGGCAAUGAGUGAUUGUUAAUUUGUAUUCACCCCAGAAUAAGCCCUUCCGUGAAGAAACACAUUUUCAACAAUCAAGUCAAAAUUGAAAGAAACAGCACUAAGUCUAAAGGUAGCCUGAGAAAACAGCCAACAUUUCACGACACCACCAUAGGUUUGCGCAGAAAUUCCAUACAAUUGACAUGUUAUGGAAACAGACCAUUUAAACACAAGUCGUUUCAAUACGACCUCAAGCACUGAAAUAACACAAAAAUUUUGAUCACUUCAAGUGCAGUUUGCGCAUGAAAAAGGAAAACAUUUGGGGCGACUAUUCUUCAUUCUUUAAGCCAAGGGUGUGAAACUAUUUACAUCUUGACUUAAUCAACUUGUGUCAAAAUGCGUUGUAUUGAAACGACGGGCAAUCCGUGUUACUACCCAGAUCUAGGUAGUGCUUUUGAUUUUCUGAAGCAGUUUUCCUUGCUGCAUGACCAAUCAAAAGCAAGUGCGGAUCUAGGAUAAGUACUGACCAAUUUCCUAGCCUCCAGGGGGACCAGAGAGCAUGGACCAUCAGGAAAUUUUUUGGAUUUAAACUCCCUGAAGUCCCCUUUCCUGGGUUUGUGAGUCAUUCAGACAGGAUAUUGGCCAGAUUUCAACGUCGAAAAUAUUUUUUAUUUAAAGUAUAUUUGUUUAUGAAAAAUCUGACAAUUUUUGUAAAACAGUGGAAACCGGUGUGGAUCCACCCCUGAGUUCAAGCACUACCCAGAUCUUUGUAGUGACACAUGACUUAUUAGUAUGGAAUUUUUGCACUUGUUUCUCAGAUGUCAUUUCAUGGGGAAACCAGGGGCAGAAACAAAAAUGUGAUCUUAUAGAAUGAAUCUAGACAGCAUUUAUAAGACUAACUCCUUGUCACCUCAAACUGCAUUGAUUUCAUUUUAAUGCCUUUUAUGUCCUUUUCUUUUGCUCAUUAAUGUAGCGAAUAUAAAAUGGGCCUAACUCCACUUUUGGCUGCUGCUAAAGAAGGCCAUGAAAGUAUAUUUGAAGUGCUUCUUAGAUCUAAUGUGAAACUGGUGAGAGCUAGGACAAAAACUAGCGAGGAUGCACGGUCUUUAGCUCUUCGUCAUGGAAACAUGGCAGUUGUUAAUAGAAUCGAUUUACAGCAACACCAGCAGCAAAAUCAUUUGCUUCGAAGUGAACCUGGUCUUUCACCAGAUGACACUGAUCUUUAUGGUAACGGUCUAGAUGAGGAAGGUGGUUAUUGGCACCAAGCAAAGAAUAACAUUUCAAUGAGUGGGAUCCGCGAUGGCCCAAAGGCUUUUGAAGAGAUAAUAAACAACCAUCGUAAGGGACCGAUGAACAUUCCUUCCUUGCCAGGAAGACAGCAGCAUCAUGCACAUGUUACAGGAAGUCCAUGCAAUCUCUCUGUCUCAAAGUCACCUGAAGGCCCUGUCGGUAGUUCAGAGGAGCAUUUCUUUAGUAAGUUUGGUGCAACAGUUCGAAGUGCCAGUUUGCACGAGCAAUUACCAAAAAUGAACAGUCAAGGUGAUAAAAAUGCACAGAAUCAUGGCAAUACCGUACCAACUAUUAGUAGCUUUCUUGAAGACCUAAAAUUAACACAGUACCUCCCAACAUUUGAAAAACAGGAUGUGGAUUUUAAUACAUUGCUCAAUUUUACGGAAAAUGAUCUGAAGGAAGUUGGGAUUACUUUGUUUGGUCCCAGAAGGAAAAUAUCAACAGCACUUUCUCGUUGGAAAGAAAACAGCCACACUGCUACUUAUAACAAGGAGACCAAGAAAACAAAAUCACAGCUUCAUCAAGCAGAAGUGCAGCUUCAUGAGACAAAACCUCAAGUUCAGCAGCUUCAAGCUCAGCUGACUCAAGAGAAUGAGCUGCGUCUUUUUGUUGAAGGAUGUCUUUUAGAGGAGAAGGCAAAACGACAGGAGAUCUUCAACAGAGUUCACAAGCAACAAGAAGAUUGGAAACAUGUGAAAGGUGAAUUAGAAACAUUGCAGGCCUUAAGUCAAGACUUGACAAAAUACUUGAACUUACAAGAAGGCCAGGUUAAAGAAGUGCAUGAUAAACUACAGACCUGCAUCAUAAAUUUGGGAAUUUUUGUGCACCAAGGGACCACUGAAACUAACAGUAUAUUAAUCGAGAAUGAGAGCACGCAAUAUGAGAAUUCCUUUGAAUCUUCGGGGGGUUCAAGUUCCUAA